CGGCUGGCAUCCACUCCACCUUCUGCUUCUCAUCCUCUGCCUCUUCUCUCUUCUCUACUUCUAUUGCUGUUCUUCUGCUAGCUACUGUCUAGUAAUCUGCCAUCAGAACACAGAUCCUCGACCGCCUGAUCCCUGUAGCCUACUUCCUGAUCCUCCACACCAUCUCCAUCUCCUAUCAGCAUGUCCGUCGUCCUCGCCUCUCCUGCGAUCCCCCAGAUCGAGAAGAAGCCCAUCAAAUGGUCCAACAUUCUCCUUGGAGCUGCAUUGAACAUGUUUGAGGUCACGACUCUCGGUCAGCCUCUAGAGGUCACAAAGACCACUAUGGCUGCCAACAGAGGUGACACUCUCCCGGGCGCUGUUCGUCGUGUCUGGUCCCGCGGCGGUGUCUUCGGUUUCUAUCAGGGAUUAAUUCCAUGGGCAUGGAUUGAAGCAUCCACCAAGGGAGCCGUCCUCCUCUUUGUCUCCACAGAAGUUGAAUACCAUGCCCGGACUUUCGGCUUUGGUAACUUCAUGGCCGGUAUGUCGGGUGGUUUCAUGGGUGGUCUGGCGCAGGCCUAUCUCACCGUCGGCUUCUGCACAUGUAUGAAGACCGUGGAGAUCACCCGUCAUAAGCAAGCUGCCUCGGGAGUAAAGCCGCCAUCCACAAUGUCUGUCUUUAUGGAUAUCUACCGACGAGAGGGAAUCCGCGGAAUCAAUAAGGGCGUCAACGCCGUCGCCAUCCGACAGUGCACAAACUGGGCCAGUCGAUUCGGUCUCUCGCGUCUGUCUGAAGUCGCCAUCCGCAGGGUCACCGGCAAGCAAGACUCCACCCCGCUUUCUGCUCCCGAGAAGAUUCUCGCUUCCGUCUUUGGCGGCGGUCUGUCGGCUUGGAACCAGCCUAUUGAGGUCGUCAGAAUUGAGAUGCAGAGCAAGACCGAGGAUCCCAACCGGCCAAAGAACUUGACGGUCGGAAAGACUCUCAAGUACAUCUACUCGCAGAACGGAAUCAAGGGUCUCUACAGAGGUGUCACCCCACGAAUCGGACUCGGCGUCUGGCAGACCGUCUGCAUGGUCGGCCUCGGUGACAUUGCGAAGGAGUUUGUUGCCAAGGUCACCGGCGAGACUCCUGUCGGCGGCGGUCACUAAACAGAGAAUCCGUCGUCAUUUCCAUUCUAGCGAGUUCUGUGUUUAAGUGAGCGGCUUUUUUUUGUUGUCUGUUAGUCUUACGUUUGGUGGGGGGCCAUUUCUGGUGCAGGAUUUCUUUGACGUCUGGUUUUGCUUUCUUUCCUUUCUCUCUCUUGAUUUACCCGCUGGAAACAAAAAAAACACGGUCCGUUUCAUCGCUUUAGCUUACAUCUUCCUGCAUUUUCGCGCAAAGUCUGCUAUUUUCUGUCGUUUGUUCAUUUUGUUUUCGUGUCGUUUUCAUUCAGUGUUCUUGUUUGUUUGUUUGUGUUGUAUCGUUUAGCUUAUAGAUAUGAAGAAGGAAGCGUACGCGUAUGAUUUGAUGUACAGUAUUUGUCUUCGUGAGCGGUAUAUAUAGAUAUAAAGAUAUAUUAUUUAUAU